AUGUCAGCAGCCACUACUCAGCCCACUCCAUACGCCCCUCAGUACCAGCAAGCUUACACGACUCCACCAAACUCCCAAGGUCAUCCGCAAUACAAUCUCCUUCAGCAGCAGCGACAUUACUCGCCGACUGCGUCGCACCCACAAACCCCGUCACCUAAUUCGCCCGCCUCACCACAGCCGAGUGCGCCCAGCGCAGAGUCCCUACCACCUCUACUGGCUUCGCGUCCGACGAAGCCCCCGCAGCUCCCUAUAGAUGGGAAGCCUGCCUACUUGCCAGCGGCGCUCAGACCUACAGACCCCCCGCCCCGUUCCCAACCGCUGACGCCACCACGAAGCGUUCAUGGCAGUACAGAUAGUCUGGCACCAAAGGGCACAACCAGCCGCCCCGCAAGUCGUCGCUCUACAGCCGAUUCAUCGCUGAAAAAGACCUUUGGCAAUAUAGAGCACCUCUCGCAUAUUCCCUCUGACGACCUCGAGGUAGCCUUGACGAAAACGAGCGACAUGCCCGACCCUUCCUCAGCUCCUACCCGCGAGCAUUGGAAACCCGAUGUCAACGCCUCCAUCUGCGACUUCCCAAUCUGCCAGAAAAGCUUCGGCCUCUUCGAGCGUCGUCACCAUUGCCGACACUGUGGAAAUGUCUUCUGUAACCAACAUUCUGCCGAGCGUAUACCUCUUGAUCAAGAUGCGGAGUUUCACCCGAAGGCCUCACUGGUGAGGUCGUGCGAGCAUUGCGCAAAGCUUUUUGUGGGAUGGGUCGAGCAGAGGGUGGAAGACUUGAAGUCUCCGGACGCUGCUACACCGAGGAGGACCAGUCCCAUGGCAUUGGCAGCAAGAGCUUCCCAGCAGAACCAGGCGGACGUUCACAGGGGCACCAUUAUCUCGGGCAGUGUGGGCGGAGAUUGGAGUACUUUUUGA